GUGUGUUUGUGUGUGUGCGUAACACGGAGCCACCGCUGUUUCGAGACACUGGCAGAUGAAAUGUAGUUGUGCAACACGUGAAUUCCCGACAGAAAGGCGAGUCGCGAGUUGUCACAAGCUCUGUGCCGACCUUUAGAAACCGUCAAACAGGUCCAUUCAGCGCAAAGAGCGGACAAGGGUGAGGAGAUACAACAUCUGGAGAGCGGAGUGUUUUAAAAGUGUCAUUAUGCCAUGGCGUCUCUGGGCGCCUCCUUCGUUCAAAUCAAAUUCGAUGACAUCCACUUCUACGAGAACUGUGGCGGCGGGAGCUUUGGCAGUGUGUACCGCGCCCGCUGGAUCUCUCAGGACAAAGAGGUGGCGGUGAAAAAGCUGCUGAAGAUUGAGAAAGAGGCUGAGAUCUUGAGUGUACUCAGUCAUCGAAAUAUCAUCCAGUUUUAUGGCGCAAUUCUUCAGGCCCCGAACUAUGGAAUAGUCACAGAGUUUGCCAGCGGAGGGUCGUUAUAUGAGUAUCUAUCAAGUGAUGCAAGUGAAGAAAUCAGCAUGAGACAGAUCAUGACCUGGGCGACAGAGAUAGCUAAAGGAAUGCAUUAUUUACAUUCAGAGGCCCCGGUCAAAGUCAUCCACAGAGAUCUCAAGUCACGAAAUGUGGUCAUGACAGCAGACAAAGUUCUCAAGAUCUGUGAUUUUGGAGCAUCUAAGUUUCACUCCCACACCACACACAUGUCUCUGGUGGGCACGUUCCCCUGGAUGGCCCCGGAAGUCAUUCAGAGCCUUCCUGUUUCUGAAACAUGUGAUACGUACUCUUAUGGAGUGGUUUUGUGGGAGAUGCUGACUCGUGAGAUUCCAUUCAAAGGGCUUGAGGGGCUGCAAGUGGCUUGGCUGGUAGUGGAGAAGAAUGAGAGAUUGACAAUUCCCAGCAGUUGCCCUGCCAGCUUUGCAAACCUGAUGAGGAAAUGCUGGGAAACAGAACCAAUGAAAAGACCCUUGUUUAAAGAGAUCCUGUCCAUCCUAGAGGCAAUGUGCAAUGAUAGCCAACUCUCUGACCAGUGUAACUCCUUCCUACAAAACAAAGCAGAAUGGAGGCGUGAGAUCGAGGCGACUCUGGAUCGCUUGAAGAAGCUGGAGAGGGACCUGAGCACUAAAGAGCAGGAGCUGAAGGAGAGAGAGCGCCGCCUCAAGAUGUGGGAAAAAAAACUCGUUGAGCAGUCCAACACUCCGCUGCUCCCGAACCUGGCCAUCCAUGUCUGGACAGAGGAACAUGUGUACUUCUGGAUGUCACAGAUUUUUGGGACAGACGGAGUAGAGUGUGAAAUGCAGCGCUACGCUGAUGUCUUCAAGAAGAACCAUAUCACUGGACGCAGGCUGCUGCUUCUCACUGAGACCGAUAUGAGAGAUAUGGGAAUCUCCUCUAAAGGGCAUAUCAUACACCUGAAGGCUGAAAUUGAAAAAUUAACGAAUGAUUACCUCGCCCUGUUCCAUUUCCCCCCAUUAAUAAAGGAUGAAUGGGACAUAGAAGAAGAAAAACAAAGCUGGAGGAAGACUGUAAAUCUGGAGCUGGUGUUUGGUUAUCACUGGAAACCAGGGACAGGUCCACAGGACUGCAAAUGGAAAAUGUACUUGGAGCUUGACGGAGAUGAAGUUGCUUUAACCUACAUCAGAGAUAUCACAUUUAAUGCAAAUAGACCAGAUGUGGAAGUCUCAAAGAUGACGAAGCCACCCUUUGUGAUGGAAAAAUGGAUUGUUGGGAUACCUGACAAACAGACUGUUGACUGCAUUGUAAAUUAUGAGAGUGACGUCAAGUCUCCAAAGAGCACAAGGCAUGUGCAUUCAGUGCAGUGGAGUCUGGUCAGUGGCCCAGAUGAAAUCAGAGGUGUAGAGCUGCUCAUAGAAACAGCGCCAGCAAAUGGGGAGGGGAACUACAAAAGCAGUUCCAACACUGGUGUUGAUCCUCAGUGGAUUUCCAGUCUGAGAUCAAAGCAACUCAAAGACAACUUUGCCAGUGAGCGCCACAGUGCCACUCCAAGCAACCACUCAGACAGCAUGACCCUCCCACAGUUCCUGUCUGUUUUCGGUGAUCAGUCCUCAUAUGCUUCUGCCGUGCGAAGAUCACCCAGUCGCAGUUCACUUUCCCAAUGGGCCGACUCCCGGAGCUCCUCUCCUACACUUUCGACCAAACUCUCCUCAAUCCACCUGGGGUCAAAGGGUAGCAGCCCAUCCAGUACGACUUCAGAGAGCACAUUGGAAAGAGACCGCUCUAAUAAAAAUAGGCAAAUGCACAACUACCAGAGAAAGAGCUCCUAUAGCUCUCUAACUGGAGCAGUGGAACGGAAAUCCUAUAGAGGGGGAAGUCACACUUCUCAUGGCGGUUUUAGAGGAGGACGACACCGAACUAACCACGUAGUACCACAAAACCAAAUACGAAUAAUCCCAGGAUUGGUGACAUCAACAGUAGGUGAAAAGCAGAAAGAGGAGCCAGAGGAUGCCAAAGCUACAGAGGGAGGAUGGAUAAAAGUGGAACGCAAGAAGCCUCCCAAACAGGACCAUAAGCAGCAGGACCAAAGACAGCUCAGAGGCCGUCCACGAAGGGGUGGAAGAGGGGGACGUGGGCGGAGCUAAUGGCUUUUAUGCUGUUUAUGUGUGGGCAUAUGGAUUGAAUAAUUAAAUUAUUACACCAUAAAAGACAUAUUUUUACAAAUAACAGAAGCAGCAGCGUGAGUCAGGGUAUAGUGAGUCAGGGUAUAGGGGUAUAAUAAGAACUGCUUGGCAAAGGAUUAUGAACAGACAUGUUUUGCCACUCAUUGCAGGCUCGCCAGUCAAAUGAAGAAUGAGUAGAAGGAUCUUUUUAGCGCACAAUACUUACCAAAAGCCUCAAUUUAACACUUCCAGAGCCAGUCUCAUUCUACAAUAUAGAUGACAAACUUUUAACAACACAAUAUUUUACCAGUGGUUUUUAAACUGUGGUCUGAGAGCCAGUAAAGUGAUUGUAAAUUUUUUAACAAAACUUUUAAUAAAUCUCUAAAAAUAUUUUUUUGGGAAAAUCAUCCAAAGGGUCUGAAUGUAUUAAAAGAUUAAAGAUAACAUACUGUAUAUCUGCAUGUUACAAUCCGGUGUAUUGCACUUCUUCUUCUUCUUUAAUGCAGAUGGAAAUCAAAUGAUUGUAUUAGACUACAGAAUAAACUGUUUAAAAAUAAUGUACUAAUAUUUAUAUAAUUCUGGUUGUAAGUCUUCAUGCCCGAUAUGUUUCUAUUUUAUGACAAAUAUCUUUUCCUCCACACACUUCAGAAAUAUGAAUAUUUAAGUACUUCUAAAUAUUGUUUGGAACCUGAAUUAUUUGAAAGUCACUACUACAAGAUGAAUUGGGUUUGUUUUGCUCCACGUUUUAAAUCGUGUUUUUAGUUAUAUUUUUAUAUACACUUUUGCCAGCUAUAUCCCGUUGCAUCGUUAAAAUAAAAGGUUUUAAUAUAA